AUGACUUCCCAUCCACGAGAAUCUCAAGGUGUGGACGCGCAUAAUGAUAGAUACGAAUAUCCGCACGAAUUCCGAUACUCUUAUGACGUGCCGGGGCCCCAAACAUGCAGCCUGCCAUCCGAACAAGGGCAGCGCCGAUACUCCAGCAUCCCCCCGCCUUACUAUUUCAACCCGCUGGUAGGCUUUGUUGUUGCCACUGGAGGUGUCGACAAAAGUGAUGCUCCGGAGGUAGCAUAUGUUGGAGAUAGGUUAACAGAAGAGGAUACGAUACAGCCACGCCCCCUUAAUCCUGAACACGAUUUUCCUAACAUCACUUUCAGUCUUUUUGGCAGCCCGUUUCCUAAAUGUAAUAGGAUGAGUGAUAUGUACCGCCCACGUUUUCAAGCUUACCCGGGAGCCGCACACGACAUAACCCCUGAACCUGAAAUUGGAUUCCAUCACGAGAGCCCUAGAGUUGUUCAUAUUGAUAUUACAAAAUCAUGGAAAGGCCUCUCUUCAGAUAAGGCCGAAGAGCUGCUCUUCUGGGAGUCAACGUUUAAAGAGGUCCUAGAAUACUUGUUGCAUGAUCAACUUGAACUCUUACAACAACAGUGCGAAGCCGCCAACCGGAUACAUCGUAACCGUGAACAACACCAACGCAGCAACUCGGAUAGGAUACAUUAUUUGCCAAUUAGCAUGAUUGAUAUCGCGACAACUAUGUUUGUCCGCACUCACGACUGCUUUGUUGCCCCUGCUAUGGGCUAUGGAUUGUUCCCGCCGACUGGCGACCUUAGAAUAGGAGUCAAACUAUUGGACGCGAAUGAUUACUUGCAAACCACCGUCUUCCCGGUUGAAGUGAAUUGGACCCCAGAUAUGCUUUCUUUUGAUCAAUUUGACCCUAUCACUACUGAAGGCCACGAAUUCCGUUUAGUGCCACGCUAUAGCCCGUCAUUCAAUUUUGCUGGACCAGACAGCUACUCAGCACCAAACCAUAUCGUUUAUAAGACAUCCGCGCCUUGGCUACAAUGGGAUCCUUCAAUUUCCGGCUUUAGUGGAAUAGUGCCAACCUGCUCCGACUCGGAGAAUCAAAUGCUACAUUCACAAGCUUCCCCGGUAGAGGAUCCUCUAGGAGACCGAUCUAAAAUAUACGCCCUUCGGAUAAUGAUUACAGCAACCGCUUUGGAAUAUUUUGGUACGGCGGUGAGGUUCGAGAAGAUAGUUAGAUCUAGGGUGAUCAUCAACGUUAAGAAAAGAACGUGUCCACAAGUCAAUCCCACCCCAGAUCAUUCUCUAAACCUCUUGGGAGUAGACAAGAACAAAUGUAAUGAGAACCAUUCAUGGAUAGAGUGGAACCCUUUGUGGCAACCUAACCCUCAGAUUGAGUUGUGGGAUGACCCAUUUAUUGGCGCCGGAGCCUUUUUUAGUGGGCGCGCACUUGAGAGGGACCUCUUAAAACCGCUAGGUCUUUUCAAUUCCGGUGAGAGCAGGCUGCUAAGUCGCCAUCCAUUCGAGAGUUUUACCAUGAUGCCUUUACUGGGGACCAGCCUCGGUACUGAUCUAUCGACAUCGUCGGAUCGUGACCAAAUUGGCGAAGUCAAUGAUUUAUCUCCCGAGGAACCGCGAGAGAUUGGUUUGCGGGUCUCCCCUCGUCGCCGCCGGAGACGCUCUUUGGAAAGACGUGAUCCUGUCGGAAAAGAUAGGAAACUAGGCUCGACAAUUGUCCCGCGAAUGAAAACGCAGUGUCCCAACCACCCUCGAGCCGAAUUGGGGGGUAAGCGGUUACAUCACGAUAUCGUCAACAUGCUGCAUAUGCCUCUUCACUCCACUCAGGUUGACGAAGAGCUAGAAGCAAGGCACCGUCCUUGUGGAAAACGAUCAUCUUGGCGAAGCACUGGGGUAUCUGUCCAGAAGAAAGGGAAUGGAUAUCCUUUCCAAGACCACCGUCCACCAAGAAAUGCAGUCUUCUCUAAGACAAACUCGGAGGAAGAAGAUGAAGCGUACAUCUUGAAAUACUGCGAGAUGAUGAGUCUUGCCUCGGAUCAACAGCAACGCAGUGGUAACAGCCGGAGCCCAGACUUUAAUGCCUCAAGAGCUUCGAGUUCUGAGGCUUUGGCUAUCGAUGUUUCACGAUUCUUGAAUCCCUACAGGGUCAUGCGUGCAGGAUGGGAGUUUAAUACAGAUGUGCCAUGGACACCGCCAGCUAAUGACGCAUGCACUCGUGGUCUCGAAGUCUGCCACCAUCCCGGCGCAACCAAUCCACAGGCUGAAAGGGGCAGUGACCACCAUGGUACCGAAUCACCACCUCUAAUUCGUGAAAAAGAUAAAGCUGCUUUUGUGAAAAUGAUCGUUGAGCGCGCACAAGAAGAGUGUCGGAUGUUAGGGAGUGAUAUUAGCGAUAUUUUUGCUUCCUCCCCGCCCAGCACAUCUGAGGGGGAAUGGGAGGAUGUCGACACUGAUGAGGAGGGGUUUAGUAUCCCUGAUGUUGAGUAUAGUGAUGCCGGUCAAACACAUCAAGGGGUGCCGAUCCCUGUGUACGAUUCAUCCACCGGAGACUAG